AUGGAGGGGGGCAAGGGGCCCAGACUCAGAGACUUCCUGAGUGGGAGUCUGGCCACCUGGGCGCUGGGACUGGCAGAGCUGGUGGGGGAGGUGGAGGAGCCGGAGGGGGAAGAGGAGGAGGAGGAGGAAGAGGGGCCCCUUUGCCCAGAGAAGAAGUUCCUGCGUCUCAGCGAUGGGGCCCUGCUCCUCCGGGUCUUGGGCAUCAUUACCCCCAGGGCCCGAGGGAGACCUCGAAUGGUGCGGGGCCAUGACGGACCUGCAGCUUGGCGUGUGCGGAACCUGAACCACCUGUGGGGCCGACUGAGGGACUUCUAUCAGGAGGAGCUGCAGCUGCUGAUCCUGUCGCCACCCCCAGACCUGCGGACUUUGGGGUUCGACCCCUUCUCAGAGGAGGCAGUGGAGGAACUGGAAGGCAUCCUGCGGCUAUUGUUGGGGGCAUCAGUGCAGUGUGAGCACCGGGAACUCUUCAUCCGCCACAUCCGGGGCCUCAGCCUUGAGGUCCAGAGCGAGCUGGCCGCUGCCAUCCAGGAGGUGACCCAGUCUGGGGCUGGCGUGGUGCUGGCUCUGGCUGGGCCAGAGCCUGGGGAGCUGGCGCCUCCGGAGCUGGAGGUGUUGUGUCGGAACCUGAUGGGGACACUGUCGAAGCUGGCAUGGGAGCGUGACCUGGGCGCCCAGCGGUUGGCUGAACUGCUGCUGGAGCGACAGCCAGCCCCCUUGCCGCCUGAGGCUUCUGCUAGGGCUCGCACGGAGGGACCAUCUCACCAUCUGGUCCUGCAGCUGGCCAAUGCCAAGGCUCAGCUGCGGCGCCUGCGGCAGGAGCUGGAGGAGAAGGCUGAGCUGCUGCUAGACUCUCAGGCGGAGGUGCAGGGCUUGGAGGCUGAAAUUCGAAGGCUCCGCCAGGAGGCCCAGGCGCUGUCCGGACAGGCCAAGCGGGCCGAGUUGUACCGCGAGGAGGCGGAGGCGCUGCGGGAGCGUGCGGGCCGCCUGCCCCGCCUGCAGGAGGAGCUGCGGCGCUGUCGCGAGCGGCUCCAGGCGGCGGAGGCCUGCAAGGGCCAGCUGGCGGAGGAGCAGGUGCUCUCAGGGGCUCUGGAGGCCUCCAAAGUGCUGCUGGAAGAGCAGCUGGAGGCGGCCCGAGAGCGCUGCGCCCGGCUGCAUGAGACCCAGCGCGAGAAUCUGUUGCUGCGGACCAGGCUGGGCGAGGCCCAUGCGGAGCUGGACUCUCUGAGGCAUCAGGUGGACCAGCUGGCGGAGGAGAACGUGGAGCUGGAGCUGGAGCUUCGGCGGAGCCUGGAGUCACCCCCGGGCUCCCCUGGGGAGGCACCCUUGCCAGGAGUGGCUCCCUCAUUGCAAGAUGAGGUGAGGGAGGCAGAGGCUGGGCGCCUGCGGAUCCUCGAGCGAGAGAAUCAGGAGCUUCGAGGACUGCUUCAGGUGCUAAAGGGGCAGCCAGGUGGCCAGCGCCCCCUGCUGGAAGAGCAAAGAGAGGACUCCAUGUCUCCCCGGCUGGAUGAGGCUCCCCAGCCUCCCCUGGCCUCAGACCGCAGCCCCCAGGGCUUGCUUCACCAGGCAGGGCAUGGAGGCCCCCAGGCCUUGGACCUUCCUCCCCUGGCAUCAGACUCAGCCCUCAAGGGGUCAGCUGAGUGUCCCCAGGCAUCUGAUUCAGACCCACAGGUGACAGAAAGGCCUCUCCAGGUGGCUACCAUGGCCCCCCAGACUAAAGACUUGACCCCUCAAGAGUCAGACCCUGCUGUGGAGACACAGGAGUCCCUGGAGAAGGCUGGCCAUGGAGUUCCUCUCCAGACCCCCACCUCUGUGGCUCCACUUCUGGGUCCAGAGAUCAAAAUUCAGGCCCAGCAGUUGCUAGGAGGAGAGACUGGAGGAGGAGAGGCUCCCCAAGAUGAGUUGAUGCCCGAGUCUUGGGGACCAAGACAGGAGGGCCCUGAGCACAAGCUGAGACCCUCAGAGCCCAGCCUCCACGUGCAGCUAGAGGAGCAGGAAAGCCCAAGCCAGGGCUGGGACCUGUCCCCGGGACGAACAGAGACCGGAGAGCAUGAACGGAGGCUGGAGGGGAUGGCCUGGAACCCAGCCCAGCAGGAAGCACAGCAGAAGUUGAAAGAGGCUUCUGAGGCCCAGGCUUGGGAGGGGCAGAUCCCAGGGGAGAUCCAGGCCAGUGGGGUCCCAGAGCAGGAGGCCCUCAAAGGGGAGGUGGCACAGCUGAGGAGAAAGGCUGAGGCCCUUGGAGCGGAGCUGGAGGUGCAGGCCCGAAGGCUGGAGGCCCGUGGCAAGGAAGCUGCCCGCCUCGCUGAGGAGCUGGCCCAAGCACAGAGGGCAGAGGCUGAGGCCCACCAGGAGGCAGAGGCCCAGGCCCGAGAGCAGACCCGGCUGCGGGAGGCAGUGGAGGCAGCUGGCCGGGAGCUGGAGGCUGCGUCGCGGGAGCGGGAGGCACUGGCGGAGGCGCUGGCAGCAGCAGGCCGCGAGCGGAGGCAGUGGGAGCGCGAGGGGCCCAGGCUGCGGGCCCAGGCCGAGGCCGCAGAGCAACGGCUGCAGGCGCUGGAGAGUGAGGGCUGCCGGCAGCUGGAGGAGGCCGAGAGGGAGAAGCAGGCCCUCAGGGAGGAACUGGAGAAGGCCGUGGUGCGGGGGAAGGAGCUGGGAGCCCGGCUGGAGCAUCUGCAGCAUGAGCUGGAACAGGCGGCUCUGGAGCGCCAGGAAUUUCUUCGAGAACAGGAGAGCCAGAACCAGAGGUACCAGGGCUUGGAGCAGCGGCUGGAAGCUGAGUUGCAGGCGGCGGCAACCAGCAAGGAGGAGGCGCUGAUGGAGCUCAAGACCAGGGCCCUGCAGCUGGAAGAGGAGCUGUUCCAGCUGCACCAGGGCUCCAUGGGGCUGGGACCCCGGGAGCAGGCCAAGCCUCAGAUGGUGGAGACCCCACAUGUGCGGCUCAUCGAGGUGGAGCGCAGUAAUGCUACGCUGGUGGCUGAGAAGGCAGCUCUGCAGGGGCAGCUGCAGCACCUGGAGGGGCAGCUGGGGAGCCUGCAGGGUCGUGCCCAGGAGCUGCUGCAGCAGAGCCAGCGGGCGCAGGAGCAGAGCAGCCGGCUGCAGGCCGAGAAGUCUGUGUUGGAGACGCAGGGCCAGGAGCUGCACAGAAAGCUGGGGGUGCUGGAGGAGGAGGUGCGGGCGGCGCGGCGGUCCCAGGAGGAGACCCGGGGGCAGCAGCAGGCCCUGCUGCGGGAUCAUGAGGCCCUGGCACAACUGCAGCGGCGGCAGGAGGCUGAGCUAGAGGGCCUGCUGGUGCGGCACCGAGACCUCAAGGCCAACAUGCGGGCGCUGGAGCUGGCCCACCGGGAGCUGCAGGGCCGGCAUGAGCAGCUGCAGGCCCAGCGGGCCAACGUGGAGGCGCAGGAGGUGGCCCUGCUGGCAGAGCGUGAACGCCUGAUGCGGGACGGGCACCGACAACGGGGACUGGAAGAGGAGCUGCGGAGGCUGCAGAGCGAGCACGACAGGGCUCAGAUGCUGCUGGCGGAAGUGUCCCGAGAGCGAGGUGAGCUGCAGGGUGAGCGCGGGGAGCUGCGGGGCCGGCUGGCGAGGCUGGAGCUGGAGCGGGCGCAGCUGGAGAUGCAGAGCCAGCAGUUGCGCGAGUCCAACCAGCAGCUGGACCUGAGCGCCUGCCGGCUGACCACACAGUGUGAGCUGCUGACCCAGCUGCGGAGCGCCCAGGAGGAGGAGAACAGGCAGCUGCUGGCCGAAGUGCAGGCCCUGAGCCGGGAGAACAGGGAGCUUCUGGAGCGCAGCCUGGAGAGCCGGGACCACCUGCACCGCGAGCAGCGCGAGUACCUGGACCAGCUUAAUGCCCUGCGCCGCGAGAAGCAGAAGCUCGUGGAGAAGAUCAUGGAUCAGUACCGCGUGUUGGAGCCUGGGCCCCUGCCCCGGACCAAGAAGGGCAGCUGGCUGGCAGACAAGGGCCCCCUUCGCCGGCACCCAUGCGCCGGGCCCAGAGCUCCCUCUGCUUGCGGGACGAGACUCUGGCAGGGGGGCAGCGGCGGAAACUCAGCUCAAGGUUUCCUGUGGGGCGAAGCUCUGAGUCAUUUAGCCCGGGGGACACCCCCCGACAGCGAUUCCGACAGCGCCGUCCAGGUCCCUUGGAGGCACCAAGCUCCCACGGCAAAGGACCUGGCGUGGGAUGGGAUGACUCCGUUGAGACCCUCCAGGAACACGAAGCAGAUGCCAACCGAGAGGGCCUCCAGGUACAGGAACCGGAGAAACGUCCCCUCACCCCUUCCCUCAGCCAGUGACACCAUGGGGACAGGGGGCUUGGGAGUGCAGACCUCUCGCCGCUGGAGUGUCAGUGGGGGCCCCAGGCAGACCAAGAUCUCGGGAAGCCAGGGCCCCCGAGGGGAGUCCUUGGACAAGGAGGUCUGGGCCCCUGUGUCCUCCAUGGCUAGCACUGGGGCCCUGAGAGGGAGCUGCAACAAAUUUGUGGACAGGGGGGACGGCUGGCCUCCACAAGUGGCUCCAGACCAGGGCUCAGGCUUGGCUGUGUCGUCCCUGCAGGGGAGGCGGUCUCUGGGGGAUCCCCCAGCUGAAGGAGGCUGGCAGGAGUGGGCAAGAGAGCCCCCUGCCCAGUCCAGGCAGGGAGCCGGGGCUCAUUCCCGGGGACUGUGGCCUGGGCUGAUAACUGAGCCUUAGCCGGGACUGAGGGACAUGAGAAUAAAACUGA